GUGGACAGGACAGGAGGCUUCUUCAACAGCGACAAAAGGCUUCUGGUUUAACCACGCGGUGCUUUGCUAGCAAACCUAAAACUCUUUAGACCAUUCUUGUGUAUAUUACUCUUAGUGUUUCGAGCAUAAUUCUGUUUACCUAUCUACAGGUUCAUUUAUAAACGUAAUUUGCUUGUUAAAUUAGCAAAUGUGUUAUAUUGAUACUACACUAGGCUAAUUUCCCGGAGCAUAAACGCACAAAUCUAGACGGAGAAAGAAACUCUGGUGAAAGGAGGCAAAGAAGCUUGAAGAAUGAAAAAGGAGAAACAAGAGGAUGAUAUUACAGUGAAAGAGGAAUAUGGGAAAGAGUUUGUCAAAGUGGAAAAAGAGGUAGACGCUUUCAGAAUCAAAAAGGAGGAAGAUGCCGUAAAAUUUAAAGAAGAGAAUGCAGUGAAAGAAGAGGAAGAACCUUUUGGAGUAAAAGAGGAAGAGGAGGCUAUCUCAAUAAAAGAGGAGGAAGACGUUUUGGGAGUGAAAACGGAGGCUGAAAAUCCGAUUAACUCCAGAGAGAGACAUGACUAUCCUGGAUCCUCUGGGGAGCAUCAACAACAUCCUGAUGCUGAUGAGUCAGAGAAGAGUCUCUCCAGAUCAGAACACCAGAUGGACAAUGCUAGCCCUUCCUCCCUCCCGGAGUCCCCAUGUCAUGCCUCUCCCGGUAGCGCCUCACUGCUGGGUAUGAAGAGGUUGUCUGUGCAGCUGGUGGACUGCAGGAAAACAACGGGGCUGAGUGGAACUGUGAGAGGAGGAGAGAAGAAAGGAUCAGAUUUGACACAUCAAAAAAUUGACCAGGAGAGUGACACAGAAGGAAUGGAUGAGGACUCUGUGAGUGACCACAGUUAUGAUUCCAGCGCGGAAGAAAUGUUUUUGGAAGGAAAAGAUCCACUUUUAGACCAUGGCACUGAUUCCGACUGGGAGCCCCCAGCGCCAACUUGUUCAUCCAGCUGGACCCCUGCUGUCUCUGGGCCAUCUACAGGUGUGAAGGCACCGACAAAGAAGCGGAAGAGGGGAAGUGUGCCACCUGCUAACAAAGGGACAGAAGGGCGUUGGCACACUGUCCUAGAAGAUGAUGUGGAGCCACGCCAACCAACUUUUCGGCCGAAAAGGAAGCCAGGACCUCAGGUGAACUCGACCACAACUUACAGCCCCCUUCAGCUUUUUCAGUUGUUUUUCACACAAUCCGUUGUAUUUUCGCUCGUGUCUAACACGAAUAAGUAUGGGAAGAAGAAGCAGGCAGGCAAAAAGGUAGCAUGGAAGCCCAUAUCCAUGUCAGACUUUAUCUGCUACCUUUCACUGGUCAUCUACAUGGGGAUGGUGAAGCUGAAAAGCCUGACGGACUACUGGAAAACGUCAUCCCUCUACCAACUACCUUUCCCCAUGACUGUUAUGUCCUGCAAAAGGUUUCUGGGUCUUUCACAGGCGCUUCAUAUCAGUGACCCAAAGGUUGAUGAAGCGAAUGACAGGAAGAGAGGCACAGCAACGUUUGAUAGACUGUGCAAAAUCAAACCUCUCUACUCCAGCAUUGUUGAGGCCUGCAAGACGUACUUUCAGCCAGCCCAGAACGUGUCAAUCGAUGAGAGGAUGGUCGCCUCAAAGGCCAGAAUUGGCCUCAAACAAUACAUGCGAAACAAACCAACCAAGUGGGGUUACAAGCUGUUUGUGUUGGCUGAUUCUGUGUGUGCCUACACAUGCAAUUUUUUUGUCUAUGAGGGGAAGAACAGUUUUGCUACCGGUAAGGGACUUGCCUAUGACUCUGUAAUGGAGUUAUUGGAUUUUCAACUGCUAGGGAAGGGCUACAAACUGUUUGUGGAUAACUUCUACACAAGUCCUACCCUGUUUGCAGACCUUAGGAAUCGGGAAGUGUGGGCUUGUGGCACCAUUCGUACCAACAGGGUGGGCUUUCCGAAGACGAAGGUGAACGACAUGCCUAAGCAGGCUGAGCGGGGGACCAUGCGAUGGAUCCGUGAAGAUGGCCUGCUUUUUGUGAAGUGGAUGGACACCAGAGAGGUGGUGAUGUGCACAACAAUCCACAAGUCCUUCAGUGGGGAUCAUGUGGUCAGACGUGUGAAGGAUGGUGCCGGGGUAUGGACCACCAAAAAUGUCCCCAUUCCAGCUGCAGUAAAGGACUACAACAAGAGCAUGGGAGGUGUGGACCUAUCAGAUGCGCUGAUAGGCUAUUACAAUGUUCUGCAUAAGACAAUGAAAUGGUACAAGACCUUCUUCUAUCAUUUCGUCGACAUUGCUGUGGUGAAUGCAUUCAUCCUACACAAGGAAAUGGCUAAGAGCUGUGGAAAGCCCUUCCUCUCACAGAAAGCCUUCAGAGAGCAGGUCAUCAAGGAGCUUGCUGGCUACAGCACCACUGCACCACACCCUGUCCCUUCUGCUCCUGCCACAAGUGUUCAUCUGCCCAAAUAUAUUUGUGCAGGCAUGGAUGUCCCUAAGGGCCAAAGGGGCACAGCAUGGAGGCGUUGCUGUGUUGUUUGCAAGAUGAAGUCCCCCAUCACCUGCACCACAUGCUCGGUGACCCUCUGCUUUACAUCAGAAAGAGACUGCUAUGGCAUCUGGCAUCAGCAGCAGAAUAUUGUGUAGAGCUUUGGCAAAGUGGGUGGGGUUAUAUCCUUCCUGUUUGGCCCUGUCCGGGGGUCUCAUCGGAUGGGGCCACAGUGUCUCCUGACCCCUCCAGUAUUUAUGCUGCAGUAGUUUUCUAUUAACAGUGUGAUUUAGAGCAAAAACCAGAAAAACAGGGACAAAUCAGAAACCUGGAGAACCUAAAUGGAGAAAAUGGAAUUGGGUAAAAAAAUAAUAAUUGAUAGAGAUGUGAUAUAUAGAUAGAGAUGUUAUAGAGCCAUAAAUAAUGUAGAAAUGCUCUCUUAUUACUUAUUAUCUAGGGAUAGUGUAGAGUAACAGCUGUAUCCUGAAGUGACCUUUAUCUCCCUGCUCCUCAAUACGUCUCCCACUGGAUCAAAG